UACACUCGCAUGAGUAAUCGUAAAGCUAUCGUCAUAAACUCUCCUCUCAUCUGUCUCUCUCGCCUUUGUUUCUCUUAAUUUCAGUUUUCUCAACUUUCUUCUUCUCUGUUUUGGUUAAAAUAUGGACGAGGAAAAGGAAAACCGCGACGAAGAACAGGCGGAAGAUAUUGAGGAGGUUUCGGCUUCUUCUGAUUCAUUCAUCGAUGAUGCCGAUGACAUGAACGAUGACGUUUCACAUCCUGAGCAACCCCUGACUGAGCAAGAAAUCGAAGACCUUAUCAAUGAGCUUAUAGAAGUUGAGAGCAAGGCUGCGGAGGCACAAGAAGCGCUAGAGGAAGAGUCGUUGGCAAAAGUGGAAGCUGAAGUUAGAGAAGAAUUGCGGCAAGCUCUUACCGGAGAUGAAUUGGAGAAUGUGGCGGCAGAAGAAAUGGAGAUUUUUAAGGAAGACUGGGAAAAUGUUCUUGAUGAGCUUGAGAAGGAGAGUGCUAACUUAUUGGAACAACUUGAUGGUGCUGGUAUUGAACUCCCUAGUCUGUAUAAAUGGAUUGAGAGUCAGGUUCCCCUUGGUUGCUGUACUGAAGCAUGGAAAACAAGGACUCACUGGGUUGGAUCUCAGGGUACCAGCGAUGCUAAGGAUUCAGUUGCGGCUGCUGAAAAGUAUCUCCAAAUCCACAGACCUGUAAGAAGACGACAUGGUAAAACUUUGGAGGAGGGUGCCAGCGGUUUUCUGGGGAAAAAACUUGCUAUUACUGCUGAUUCUGAAGUCGCCAGAGAUAACAUGGACACGGAUUGGGACAAAUUUGCUGAACUUUGCUCUGACAAGUCAAAUUUGGAUGGCAUAUCAUUUGGCAGCAAGGAAUGGGCUUCUGUUUACUUGGCCAGCACUCCUCAGCAGGCUGCUGAAUUGGGCCUUAAUUUUCCUGGAGUUGAUGAGGUGGAGGAGAUCAGUGACGUUGAGGACAAUUCAAUUGAUCCAUUUAUUGCAGAUGCCAUUGCUAAUGAAGGAGAUUUAAGUCUCACUGAAGAACAAAAGAGAAAUUUUAGGAAGGUUAAAGAUGAAGAUGAUGCAAAGGUUAUCAGGAAGCUUCAGAGUCAUUUGAAACGGAAAAGAAACAUUAGAAGAUGUAAGGAGGAGGUUCUAGGGAAAGAAGUUUCCGCAGAAAAUGGAAGUUUAGGUAGUCCAGUUCCUUCAAAUCUGUGCUCUAUCCAUUCUUUGAAGAAAAGUUCUCUUGAGAAUGGCUAUUCCCCUGAUGGUAAUCAUGACGAUGCCUUUCAAAUGCAUGAAUCAUCAAGCAAUGUGGGUGUUGAGAACCUAAAAUCUAAUGCGGAUUCAGGGAUGGAUGCUCAGUUGGGUCCAUGUGUUUUAGUAAACUCUCAGGACUUGAACUGUUCAGAUGACUGUGAUGGAUUAGGUAGUCAUAAUCCUAACAUGGAUGGAUCUCCUCCUCCAAGAUGCUAUGCAAGCAGGAUGGUGGAUAUAUGUGACUUGAAAAACAAUGGAGAUAAGAUGACUUCCUCUAAUUUCCCUCUUGAGAGAGAGAACAAACAUUUUCGAUGCACAGCUUGUGAUAAAGUUUCUUGGGAAGCACACUUACAUCCUCUUUUGAAAGUAUCUAUAUGUUUGGACUGCAAAAACUUAAUGGAAUCAAAGAUACAGGAGGAUCUUGACUGCUCUGAGUGCUAUUGCGGAUGGUGUGGCCAAAACAGUGACUUAAAAAGUUGUAGAUCGUGCAAAAAUUUUUUCUGUGCUGGCUGUAUAAAACGGAACCUUGGCGAAAAGAUUUUGUUACAAGUCCAGAAGACCGGUUGGCAGUGUUGCUGUUGCAUUCCAAGUAUGCUGCAGGAUUUGACCUCACAAUCGGAAAAGGUUGUUGAAUCUGAUGGUCUGACGGAUUCUAGUUCAGACACUGAUUCAGAUGAUUCUGAUGCCAAUAUUGACAUAGUUAUUGGCACUAAGAGAAGACAACAAAAGAAGAUUCGGAGAAUUCUUGAUGAUGCUGAGUUGGGAGAAGAGACUAAAAGGAAAAUUGCAAUUGAAAAGGAACGCCAAGAGCGCCUUAAGUCAUUGGGGGCACAAAUCUCGAAGAGAUCUUCCAUAUUAAAAUCUACAAGCUGUAGUUGGAACUCACCAGAGCGCAGGACAGUUGAAGUGUUAGAUGAUCCUUUAAGGGGCUACAUAGUUAAUAAUGUAAGAGAUGAAGGUGAGGAUCCCAUAUGGAUUCCUCCCAGCAUCUCAGUAAAAUUGAAACCGCACCAGCUUGAGGGAGUUCGUUUUAUGUGGGAGAACAUCAUUCAAUCAGUAAAAAAAGUAAAAUCAGGUGAUAAGGGCCUUGGUUGCAUACUAGCUCAUACCAUGGGUUUAGGCAAAACUUUCCAGGUUAUUGCUUUCUUAUAUGCUGCAAUGCGAAGUGUGGAUUUGGGUUUGAGAUGUGUGCUCAUUGUGACACCUGUUAGUGUCCUGCAUAAUUGGCGGAUUGAGUUUAACAAAUGGCAACCAUCUGAAGUGAAGCCUCUCCGAAUCUACAUGCUGGAAGAUGUUCCAAGGGAACGAAGAGCUGAGUUGCUUGCUAAAUGGAGACGAAAAGGUGGUGUCUUCUUGAUUGGCUACUCUGCUUUUAGAAAUUUGUCUCUUGGGAAGCAUAUCAAAGAUCGACAUAUAGCAAGGGAUAUUUGUUGUGCCCUCCAGGAUGGACCGGAUAUACUUGUUUGUGAUGAGGCUCACAUGAUCAAGAACACCAGGGCUGAUGUGACUCAAGCCUUGAAGCUAGUCAAAUGCCAAAGAAGGAUUGCAUUGACUGGAUCACCUCUUCAGAACAAUUUAAUGGAGUACUACUGUAUGGUUAAUUUUGUAAGAGAAGGAUUUCUUGGUAGCAGCCAUGAGUUCAGAAAUCGCUUCCAAAAUCCCAUAGAAAAUGGCCAACAUACCAAUUCUACAGCUGAAGAUGUGAAGAUUAUGAAUCAAAGAUCUCAUAUUCUGUAUAAACAACUAAAGGGAUUUGUUCAGAGAAUGGACAUGAAUGUCGUUAAAGAUGAUUUACCCCCCAAAACUGUUUUCGUAAUAGCUGUGAAGCUUUCUUCUUUACAGAAAAAGUUGUACAAAAGAUUUCUUGAUGUGCAUGGUUUCACAAAAGACAAGGUUCUUGGUGAAAAGAUGAGGAAACGAUGCUUUUUUGUCGGGUACCAGGCCUUGGCUCAGAUAUGGAACCAUCCUGGAGUUUUGCAAUUAAUGAAAGAAGACAAAGACACUGUUAGACAUGAGGAUGUUGUUGAGAAUUUUGGAGGCGAUGAAAGCUCAUCUGAUGAGAACGUAGAUUAUAAUUUGAUUGCUGGAGAAAAGCUUGGCAGAAAUGAUAAUGGCUAUCUUCAUCAGGAUUGGUGGAGAGAUCUCCUUCAGGAGAAUACCUAUAAGGAGGUUGACUAUGGUGGGAAAAUGGUCCUGCUACUUGAUGUUCUGACGUUGUGCUCUAAUAUGGGAGACAAGGCAUUGGUGUUUAGUCAGAGCUUGUCAACUUUGGAUCUAAUUGAGUUUUAUCUUUCAAAAUUACCUCGUCCAGGGAAACUUGGGAAAUGUUGGAAACGAGGAAAAGACUGGUACAGGCUAGAUGGAAGAACAGCGGGCUCUGAAAGGCAGAAACUGGUGGAGAGGUUUAAUGAGCCGACGAACAGAAGGGUUAAGUGCACUUUGAUAUCAACUAGAGCUGGAUCGUUGGGUAUCAAUCUUCAUGCUGCUAAUCGUGUAAUUAUAGUUGAUGGCUCAUGGAAUCCAACCUAUGAUCUUCAGGCUAUAUUUCGGGUUUGGAGGUAUGGGCAGACGAAGCCAGUCUUUGCUUAUCGAUUGCUGGGUCAUGGAACAAUGGAGGAGAAAAUCUACAAGCGUCAGGUGACCAAGGAAGGACUUGCUGCAAGGGUGGUUGACCGGCAGCAAGUACAUAGAACUAUAUCAAAGGAAGAAAUGUUGCAUCUUUUUGACUUUGGUGAUGAUGAAAAUCCUGAUCCGCUGCAUGAGUCAGGACAAGAGAAAAUAGAUGCAGCUGAUUUUCAUGUAAGCAGUAAUAUUGGAGCAGUUUUAAAGCAGAAAGUCCCUUUAACUUCUGGAGGCACAUCCUCAGAUAAAUUGAUGCAGAGCUUGAUUGCCAGGCAUCAACCAAGAUGGAUUGCACAUUAUCAUGAACAUGAAACUCUCUUGCAAGAGAAUGAAGAGGAAAAGCUGUCAAAAGAGGAACAAGAGAUGGCUUGGGAAGUAUACAGGAGAACUUUUGAAUGGGAGGAAGUGCAACGAGUUUCACCUGAUGCAUCUACAUUUGAUCAGCAGGAGAAGAAUAACAAAUUUGCACAUGAGCAGCAGACAAUACCUCUCGAGGAAACUUCAUUUGAUGAAAAACCAGCUCGCAGAAACACAGUUCCCCCUGCUCCUGAAAUCAAUCUUGAAUCCACAACUUCACGCGCAAGAAACCGGAUGAUUACGAGAAAAUGUACAAAUCUCUCCCAUCUGCUGACACUUCGAAGUCAGGGCACAAAAAUGGGUUGCAGCACUGUCUGUGGAGAAUGUGCACGGGAAAUUAAUUGGGAGGAGCUCAGCAAGACAUCAGAAAAGUGAUGCCGAACACCUCAUUUUUGUUACUUGUUACUAUUAUAUGGCAUUUACUUAUUUCAGAUUUUCUGUGAAGGCCUAGGUGCACCGGAAUUUAUAGAGUAUAUCUGUCUCUGAAGGUAGUGGUUGUAAAUCAAUUCUUGUAGGUUUUCGCCCACGUGAAAUUAAGGUUGUAAACGACAUUAUCUUCAAUUCCAAAGAAACUUGAUAGGCAUAGAGCAUUAUUGAUCUCACAUUCUCAAGUGAAAUUUGUUGCUCAGAGCAGGUUCUGUGUAUUCAUGAAAAAUGGAACUGCCUGAUGAUAUAA